AAGGGCAUCUCCACCCUGACAGCGUCCACGGCCCUCAAACCCGAGAUCUAGUCUGUUACCAGUAGGCGUGCGCGGCUUCUCAUGAUUUUGUGUGGCAUAUAUAAGCAUCCGGGUCUCUUUACCAAAUACUUGUGUCUCAAUUGUCGUCGUCGUGACACAUAGAGAGGAGAGGCUUUCGUGGUAACUUGGCAGUCCAAUUACGGGGUUCUGAAUAGCGUACACUCCAGGCAAGACGUCCCGGUUGUGUUGUGCUGAUAAUGGCCGCGUCCUAUGACCAAGUCGUCCUCUUUGGCGACUCUCUAUUCCAGGGAGCUACAGACCUCGCUGAAGGCUUUUCGUUCCAAGCGGCCUUGCAGAAACACUGCAUACGCCGUCUUGACGUGGUCAACAGAGGUUUCUCAGGCUGGAACACUGAAGAUGCUGUCAAAUAUCUUCCCGAAAUCUUCCCAGCAAAAUCAGAAGGAAGCCCAGGUCCGCGCCUAAGAUAUCUGCUUGUUCUACUCGGCGCCAAUGAUGCUUCUCAUCCCUGGUCGCAUCCAACCCAGUUCUGCGCAAAGGACGAGUAUAAGGCCAACCUGAAGAAGAUCAUUACGCACCCGAACGUUGUAGCGCACAACCCCAAGAUCCUACUGGUGACUCCCCCACCUCUGGAUGAGACAAAGAUCUACCAAUUUGAUAUCGAAGAGAAUGGUCUGGACAAGCUCACCCGCACUGCCGCCAACAGCGCGGAGUACUCACAGCUUGCCAGAGACGUCGCCGCCGAGGUUCCCGGGACCAUUCUCAUUGAUCUCCAGGAUGCGCUGACCAAGCAUGCGAUCACAUUGACCCCGGAGUAUGAUGCCUCAAACCCUCAGCACCAUAAUGGAAAGAUCCCGCUGCUGGGGUACAUGGAAGGCAAUGGUGGCAAGGGCUUCCGCGGCGGCCUAGGUCAGCUGCUUCCUGAUGGCCUGCACCUGAGUGGUGAGGCGUACCGCGUGCUUUACGGCCUGGUAGCUCCGCAUAUAGGGCCAUUCCCGGCGGCCUUGGACGAGAAGGACCAGAAAUCCGAGUUCGCCAACCCAUUCCCAGAUUGGAAAAUAUUGGCGGACGAGAGGGAGGCGAGGAUCAAGGCAGAGGGCCUGUAGGCGUCUUUCAAGGCUCGAUACAUCCAGUAUUAAUGACUAGAGAUUAUAGAUGGCUGAACGCUCGGUUCUAGCUGAUACAAUGCGUGUUCAACACAGUCAAUUAUUUUCCCAUUCAUUUCGAAGGGCUUCAAGUGUUGAAAAAUGUCUCGUUGAGGCAUUAUUUGAUUGGGCCGUUCUACCCUUUAGUCCUAUAUUGUUCAAAUGUAUAGCUACUCGAGAUAUAGUGUCCCAAGCAAUUGUUCUAAUGCC